AUGAAUUGGAGCUCCGACUCGAGCGCUAGGAAAGAAAUGUCCUUUCAUUUCUUACCGGCGAUAACAGCAGAGCCCAAUAGUCGCCGCGAGGUUGAGCUGCGACAAUCAAGUGCCAGGUCACAUCUCGCCAAAUCCAUGCAUCGCCGUAAACAAGCCAGCAAGAAACUACCACCAGACCAAGCCGACAUCGAAUUACACAGGGCCAGUGAGGGUAUGGCGAUUGUGGAGGGGAGAACCAAGAGAAAUGAUAGACACCUUCUGCUUACCUCUGGACAACUCAGCAUGUGCGUUAUCCCCGACAGGAUAGUGGAUCCGCACACCAAGAUGCUGCUUCACUACUGCACGCAAUCUUUCUGGCCAGGAUUCGAGAUUGGGUCAGCUGCGUUCCACAUUCCACCCUUCGCUCUCGAUUACAACACUCUUGUUGCUCAAGGUCCAGCAUUAGUGCAUGCUUGUCUGUGGCAAGCUGCUGUGAACCUCGCUUUCAAGAGAAACUCGCGUGUUACCGAUAAGCAAAGCUUACUGCACUACAACCAAGCCAUAGUGCAUAUCUCGAAAGACAUCACGAAACCUGUUGCGGAGAUCCCUGAGCAGACUCUUUAUGCUAUCCUCAGUCUGUGUGGUCCUGAGAUGUCACCAGACGAUGGAAAUGGCAUCACCAAAAAGGCGUUUGAUCCACCGUUAGCGGAGCUGUCUUGGAUCCACGUCUUUGUCAGCAGACUUCUCAUCGAUUCGCACGCAAAGGCCUUGAUGAAUCUGGUAGAUUUGAAAGGUGGUAUUCAUAAUGUCAAGUACGCUGGUUUCCAAGCUUCCUUCAACUACAUGGACCUUGUACGCGCCACGCAGAAGCUUGUCAAACCUCAGCUUCCGGUUUCUCAACUCUACGGUCGUGUCAAGGAGACCCAUGAUAGAACCAAGUUCUUUGGUUACGCUUCCGAUUUUGUCGAACAUUCUCCAUUUGGGGAAUCUUCUGCUACACUUAACAGACUUAUUGUGAUCGGUUUAGAAGAAGAUGUCAGAGAAGUAAUAUGUGACAUGCGAGUUUGGGUCAAGGUCAUAGAGGCAUACCAUCACAACGCCUUGACAAACCCUGAUCUCUCACUUCUAGCUGCUCACAGGGAUCUCAUCCAACAGCGUCUUCUUGCAACUCUCCCAGACGGGUAUGAUGGCAAGAAGCCCGUGCAAAGAGACGCGUCUAGGUCACCAGAAACUACCGCAGACCACUGGAUCAACGAGAUCCUUCAGACAGCUCUUCUGAUAUUCUCAUUGGGAGUUACUUGUCCUAUCUCCUACGCGCCUCCUUAUCAUUAUGCUGCACAGAGGUUACAGGCACAGCUCAUCCUGUAUAAGGAGCGAGCGGUAUAUCUAGGGUUAUCUGACCUGUUGAUCUGGCUUGGGAUGUUGGGAAUACUUUGUACGGAACAAGUUGGGUCUGGGCUUCGAGAGUGGUUCGUUGGAUUCCUUGAUAGGGUAGAGCAGAAGCGCAGAGUCGCUGAGGGCGCGAGGGAUUGGGAUGAGGUCAGGAAAGAAUCACUUGAGCCUAUUCUGUGGUCUUACGUCGCCUGCGAUACUGCAGCGGAAAGGGCGUGGCGUGAUGUCCGAGGAGUCGUGGACGAGACCUCUUGGACUUGGGGCAGGACAACAUGGUCAACGAUGCUGGGGACUAUAUGUGGAUAA